AAAGGGAAAUAACUUUAAAAAACAAAAAUGUCCGGUAAACUUGUGAGAAAAAGUGUCUGUUGUUUAAAACUAGCCCGACACUGCAAUAUAAGUUAUAAUGUAUUCAGGACGUUACAGACUAACACAGAUGCUAACAAAGAUACAGUUGAUAUCGUUAUAUCAGGUGGUGGAAUGGUCGGAACGACAUUGGCAUGUGCCCUUGGAAAAGAAGGACUUCUCCAUGGAAAAAAGAUUGUGUUACUAGAAUCAGCCUCAGAGAAAAAGUUUGAUCUACCAUCAGAAUACAGCAAUCGUACAUGUGCUCUGAGUCCUGCUACUGUUAAACUUCUAAGUGGUCUUGGAGUUUGGGAUGAAAUUCUGCAAAUGAGAUGUCAACCAGUUAAAAGAAUGCAGGUUUGGGAUUCAUGUUCAGACUCUAUGAUCACCUUCAAUAAUGAUGAUUUAAAUGAUAACUUGGCUUACAUUGUUGAAAAUGAUGUGAUUUUAGAAGCAGUGAAAAGAUCCUUACCAAAUUCUCAAAAUCUAAACAUAAAAUACAACACAUCAGCCAAGUCAUAUAUAAUACCUGGUAUUACCCCAGGACAUGAUAGUCUUGACCAGAACUCUUGGGUAACAGUUCAACUGAAUGAUGGUAGUGAAAUAAAGACAAAACUGCUGAUUGGAGCAGAUGGUAUGAACUCUACAGUAAGGAAAGCUUGUGAAUUUCACACAUUGAGAUCAGAUUAUGGUCAAUCUGGACUUGUUGCCACACUGAAACUAACAGGGGACACAGAAAAUAAUGUUGCAUGGCAAAGAUUUUUACCUACAGGACCUAUUGCAAUGCUUCCUCUUUCCAAUACAGACAGUUGUUUGAUAUGGACAACAACAACAGAGAAUGCCAAACAUCUGAAACAGUUGUCAGAGGAUAGCUUUAUAGAUGCUGUCAAUGAUGCUUUUUGGCAUGAUAGAGACAUGAAUUCAUUAGCAAUAUCAGCAGGAGGAAUACUUAAUGGUGUACUCAAUAAUAUCUUACCCGGAGGAGCCUCUCAUUCAAGACAAUUACCGCCUACUGUAGUAGGCGUAGCAGUCAACAGUAGAGCAGCAUUUCCAUUAGGUCUUCUCCAUUCCUCAUCGUAUGCAGGCCACAGAGUAGCUUUAAUUGGAGAUGCUGCACAUAGGAUUCAUCCUCUAGCAGGCCAGGGUGUGAACCUAGGUUUUGGAGAUGUAGCUUGUCUUACAGAUUUGUUAGUGGAAGCAGUUAAGAAUGGAACUGAUUUAGGAUCUCUAGCACUCAUGGCAGAGUAUGAGACCCAGAGACAGAGAUCAGUGUUACCUGUAGUAGGUGUUAUAGAUGGUUUACAGAGACUUUAUAGUAACAGUUUUACACCUAUUGUAAUGUUAAGGAGUCUAGGAUUACAAACAGUCAACUCAUUACAUUUUCUGAAGAAAAUUGUUAUCAAACAGGCCUCAACUUGAUGGAAAAACCAAAAGACACAUCUUAAAUACAUAUAAUUGUCAUGGAGGAAGAAGUUACUUGGCUGUGAAAUUCAAUUUAUUAACUUAAUUAUAUAAAUGAUAUGUCAUCUGAGUGACAUUAGCCUAAUGAAUACAUUAACAUUCACCAGUCAGGCAUUCAUU